UGACAAAACAUGAAAAUGAGCCUGAAAAUGGGUAGGGGCCUUCACCUUAGGUUUCAAUCGACGAAUCCGCUUAUCUUAACCCAUUUCAUUCCGGCCGCCUCUAGAUCCUACGUGUUAGCCGCCGUAUCCUUCCAUUCAAGGAAAAUAAAACUAAAAUUUGAAAAUCCUAGCUGAUUUGCCAGAUUAAUCCUACAAUUCGCGCUUUAAGGGGACCUCUAUUGCAAUUCGAGCUCCCACCGUCAUCGUAAUCUUCUUCUACUACAGCUGGCGUGAGAUUAUUAAGGAGGAAAAAGUAAAACAAAAAACAAAGAUUUCUUUUCUCUUUUGUAUGUCUCCAUCUCUUUAUUUAUUCUCCGUGGUUGUGAAAUUUGGUGGUUACAAUUACGGAGCGGAGGUUCUUGAACGGAUAUGCAGAAGAGUGGGAGUCUAUCGAGGAGUAGUGACAGUCCGGCAGUGAGAGCGUCAUCAUCACCGCCCCCACCGUCUCAGCAGUCGGUGAGGCGGCUGAGUUUGUGCUCCCAAAUAGCAACCCACUCGUCCCCAAUUGUGUUCCCAGAGAAAGGUACUAAGAAACACAAGGCUUCCUCCAAACGCAGUGAAGCCCCAGUUACGGAUGAUCAGACUGAUAAAUCUAAGGAAGAAGAACAUCGGAUUGACAUUGGAGGGGAUGAAAAGUCAGAUUUGCUUGGUUGCAUAGUUUACGCAGGGAAGCUCAUUUUUGAUAAGAGAAAGAAUGCCCCAACUAUUAAUAAUACCGCUAAUGUAGAGCAGAAUUCUCCUACCGAUAUUGUCAACCAAGAUGCUAUUGCUGCUAAACUCACUAGCAAGGCAUUGGUUUGGGGUUCUCGUGUCUUGUCUCUCGAUGAUGUCAUCUCGGUUUCUUAUAAUGUUGGUGUUAGACAUUUCACUGUGCAUGCGUAUCCUCUGAAAAGGGGUUCUUAUGGCCUUUCAUGCUUUAUUAAACCAAAGAGAAGUCGAAAGGAUUUUCGUUUCUUGGCUUCUAGUGUAGAAGAAGCUGUUCAAUGGGUUGGUGGGUUUGCAGAUCAGCAGUGUUUCAUCAAUUGUUUGCCUCACCCUCUAGUUUCUUCAAAGAAGCAAGCAUCUUCUGAAUUGUUUCCAAUGGAUGCUCCUCCUGAGCUCGUCUUCAGGUGCAGGAAUCCACCAAAAAUGCUUGUUAUAUUGAAUCCAAGGUCAGGUCGGGGUCGAUCUAGUAAAGUUUUCCAUGGAAUUGUCGAACCUAUAUUUAAGCUUGCAGGGUUCAAAUUGGAGGUAGUCAAAACAACAUCUGCUGGCCAUGCUAAAAAGCUGGCAUCUACUGUUGAUAUCAGCACAUGCCCCGAUGGAAUAAUAUGCGUUGGCGGUGAUGGGAUUAUCAAUGAGGUUCUUAACGGUCUGCUUAGUAGAGAUAAUCAGAAAGAAGGAAUUUCUAUACCCAUUGGAAUUAUACCAGCAGGUUCAGAUAAUUCACUGGUUUGGACUGUUCUUGGAGUUAGAGAUCCAGUCUCUGCUGCGAUUUCUAUUGUGAAGGGAGGCCUUACAGCUACAGAUGUUUUUGCUGUUGAUUGGAUUCAGUCUGGCAUUAUUCACUUUGGAAUGACAGUCUCCUACUAUGGUUUUGUCAGUGAUGUCCUAAAACUUUCUGAGAAAUAUCAGAAACAAUUUGGUCCUCUAAGAUAUUUUGUGGCUGGGUUCUUCAAGUUUUUGUGUUUGCCAAAGUACAACUAUGAAGUGGAGUACCUUCCUGCAGAAAAAGAUGAUCGAGAAGGCCGAGAAGUUGUUGACAUGUCAGACCUGUACACAGACGUAACAAGGAGGUCCUACAUAGAUGGCAUUCCUAGAGCCUCAAGUUUAUCUAGUAUUGGUUCAAUAAUGACUCCCAGCCGAAUGUCUGGAGGUGAGAUGGAAACUUGUAGUAGCAUUAAUGCCAGCACUGAACCAUCUGAGUAUGUGCGAGGCCUUGAUCCUAAGACCAAGCGGAUGUCAUCUGGAAAAAGAAAUGUAACAGCUGAGCCUGAAGUUAUUCAUCUUCAAUUACCACUCUCAUCGACCCUAAACUGGCCAAGGACCAGAUCUAAAUCAAGAACAGAUAAAGGAUGGAGUGGGUUGACUGCAGCACAAGAUCCUUCAAGAUGUUCUUGGGGUAAUGCUGCAACAAAUGAUAGAGAGGAUAUAUCUUCGACAUUGUCUGAUCCUGGUCCAAUUUGGGAUGCUGAACCAAAGUGGGACAUGGAGGCUACUUGGGAUGUGGAAAAUCCAAUCGAGUUACCAGGGCCAUCAGAUGAUGUUGAAUCAGGAAUGAACAAGGAAGUUGUCCCGAGACUUGAAGAUAAAUGGGUUGUGACCAAGGGGCCGUUUCUUGGCAUCAUUGUGUGCAAUCAUGCAUGCAGAACAGUGCAAAGUUCUCAAGUGGUUGCUCCAAGAGCCGAACAUGAUGACAAUACCAUGGACAUGCUCUUAGUUAACGGGAGUGGGCGACUCAGGUUGAUGAGAUUUUUCUUGUUGCUACAGAUGGGUAAACACCUUACGCUGCCAUAUGUUGAAUAUGUCAAGGUGAAAUCAGUUAAGAUUAAGGCUGGGAAACACACUCAUAAUGGUUGUGGCAUUGAUGGUGAGUUUUUCCCCCUCAACGGACAAGUAGUAUCGUCUUUGCUUCCAGAACAGUGCAGACUAAUUGGUCGCUUCCCCGAAUGACAUGUAUAAUGACUUUUUGGAACUUUCUUUGUCAUUAUCUUGGAUGCCGAUGCUCUCUUCUCUAUUAGUGAGUGUCCUACAAAACAAUGUCUUGUGAUAUAUUUUACAUAUUAAUCCCUCCCCAUUUGUGCCACUACAUACGUGCAUGCAUACAGUGAGGAUCCUGUAAAUUUUUGUUGGAUUGAUGUAUGUGUUGCUUGUUUUAUUUACCUUUUAAAUACGGUUCUCUUGUUUGGAUCUGUGUGAAUGAGGCGUGAGCUUCUAAAUGUAUUAAAAGUAUACCCCUUCAUUGUGUACCUUUU